UAUUACCUGAUAUAGUGUAACAUAUACACAGAAAGUUCUUAAAAUGGUUAAUGCAUCAAAUCGUAAAUUUCUGUACACAGCUGCUGCUGCAGCCAAUAUUGCAACAUUCAUUUGCGGUACUGCCUUGGGGUGGACAUCACCAGAAAUUCCAUUACUAAAAAAUACAACUACCAGUCCGUUAGACCACGAAUUAUCAGUUUCUGAAGAGGGAUGGAUUGGUUCCUUUCUGCCACUAGCAGCUGCUAUCGGGCCAAUUGGAGGAGGCAUUCUUGCUAAUUUAAUUGGAAGAAAGAAGACUAUCCUCAUAGGGGCGACACCGUUUUUGGCAGCCUUUGCGUUGAAUAUUUUUGCACGCUCCGUUUUUAUGUUCUAUUUAUCAAGAUUUAUCUGUGGUUUUGGUACAGGUAUUAUAUUCACAGCAAUGCCCAUGUACAUAGGAGAAAUAUCAGAUAAUGAAACAAGAGGAACUUUGGGUUCUUUCAUGCAGCUUUUCGCUGUACUUGGGCUUCUUUUCUCAUACGCUUUGGGACCUUUUAUCUCCAUAAAAGUUUUUAAUACCAUUCUUCUAUGUAUUCCUGGUAUAUUUAUGAUUCUUUUCUUCUUUUUUAUACCAGAGAGUCCGUAUUAUCUUAUCAAAGUGGAAAAAUGGAAGAAGCGAUUGCAGCUCUUUCAAAACUUAAAGGAAUAGAAAAGAAAUUUGCCGAGAAGGAAGCAGAAAUAGUAAAAUUACAAGUAGAAGAUGAUAUCGAAAAUAAAGGUGGUUUAACAACAAUUUUAAAGUCGGUAGGACUGAGGAAAGCUUUAAUUAUUGUUUAAGUUUGUUAGGGGCUCAACAAUUUUCUGGAAUAAACAUUGUUCUCUUCUAUACACAAAAUAUUUUCACAGAUGCAGGAGUUUCGUUAGCACCUGAAAUUUGCACUAUUAUAGUUGGUAUCGUCCAAAUAUUGGCGAGUGCCGCUACUCCCCUCGUUGUCGAUAGAUGCGGAAAACGUUUUCUUCUAAUGCUUUCUGGUUUAGGAAUGGCUAUUUCGCAUAGCGUUCUUGCUUUCUUUUUCUACAUGAAAGAUGACUGUCAAAAGGAUAUUUCCAACUUGGCAUGGCUGCCCAUUAUAGGAAUAGUAGUGUAUAUUAUAACAUACUGUUUAGGAUUUGGACCUCUACCUUGGGCAAUCCUUGGAGAAAUUUUCCCAGGUAACGUCAAAUCCGUCGCUUCUUCAGCAACAGCCUCAUUUUGCUGGAUCUUGGGUUUUAUUAUCACAAACUAUUUUAGCGCUUUGACUAUAUUAGUAGGAACAUCUGGAACUUUUGGAUUCUUUAGUAUAUGUUGCGUUGCAGCAGCUAUAUAUGUUUUUAAAUGUGUUCCUGAGACCUCAGGAAAAAGUUGUCAAGAUAUUCAAAGUAUACUUGAGGGUAAAAAGGACGUAGACUCUUCCUAAAUAUUUGUGAUUACUUUUUGUAAUACGCUUUCUAAUCUCUUAUAGAGAAAAAAUAUAUUAAUAAAUUCUCAU